AAAGUGCCUGACCACCACCAAUCACAACGAAAUAUUCGCGACCGACGACCAAUCACGAUUGACUAUCAUCCCAACGACCUCCAUCUUUAUGAUAAAAAAUGUUUUCAAUUUAACCGCUUUACUAGCAAUUAAUAAAAUAAAUAAAUCACCCUUUUACUAUAAUCGGGUCGUGAAAAUUUUGCCCCCAGUUAAACCUCCACGUCUAAUUCACAAAACAAAUUUACCCCAAAUCCUAACCUCAAAUUCGCUAGCUGUCAAUCUAUCUGAACAUAACCUCAUUUUACAUGUAAAUAAUGUGCGAUAAUAAGGUAAAUCGAGACCUCAGUUGCCCAGGAUGGUACUGCGGACGAAUGUUUUUACCAGACGGGCAGAUCAGCGAUUGUGGGUCAUGUCCCAGAGGGUUCCGACGCAACGAUACAAGUUGCAUGUGUGAGCCAUGUAUGGAUACUCCAACCUUCUACGACUGGUUGUAUUUGGGUUUCAUGGUUUUGUUGGUUCUGGUGCUUCAUUGGUUCUUUAUUGAUAUGGUUUCGAUGAGAAGAAGUUUUAAGAAAGACGUUCUUGUUUUGCACUUCACAGCUUUAGUGGAGGUGCUUAUUUCUGGAAUUAUAUCUCUUUUGUUUACACAUCCGUUCGGCGAGUUUACUAUACAAAGUUGCGGAGUAAGAACAUUGGCUGAUUGGUAUACUUUAUUGCACAAUCCGGCGCCAAAUUAUGAAGAGAAGAUACAUUGUACGCAAGAGGCGGUCUAUCCAUUGUAUACUCUAGUGUUUAUAUUUUAUGCACUGACUUUGACUACAAUGCUGCUAAUAAGGCCAUGGGUGUGUCGGAAAUAUCUUCCAAGACAAAGUAAAAUGUCGAUAUAUGCCGCCAUGUACUACAUACCCAUUUUAGUCGUUACUCAUGCCUUGAUUGGAGGACUUCUUUAUUAUGCCUUUCCAAUCUUGGUGGUUAUUUUAUCAGUUAUAUCAUGUGCGUACCAUUUUGCUCUCAAACUGAAUCAAUCCAUUUCCUCCCUCAUUAUAACCACAGUUGUGGAACCGAGAAAUGUAGUCAUUUUGGUAGGACACUGGUGUCUACAUGCCUAUGGUUUAAUCUCCAUUACUCAGUUAACGGAUCCAACGCUCCAUUCUUUAUUACUUUUACUUGUGCCACUUCCAGCUUUAUUUUAUAUUUUUACGGCGAAAUUUACUGAUCCUAACAUCUUCACUUAAAAAACUUUUGUUUGACUGAAGGCUCUAUUUAUUUUUAUUUAGUUGUGAACUCUUUUAUGUUAAUAAUGCACUGCGUGAUAUGUUUAAAAUAUUAAGUUAAUUUUUUAUUCAAAUGUAUAAAACUUUAAAACUAUUUUAUAUCAUAUAUACAAAAUCGAAAUAAAACUAUCUAAAAACGUUA